ACCAAAAACAAACGAGUGAAGUAAACACGCACUUUAUGUGUGGGGUGAUUUUUUUCGUAAAUUUUAAAGUGUGGUCACUUGCCGAAAAUAGCCCCCAAGAGAUCGAUAUUUUUCCGGGGAGUGACCAACGCCGGCGUAUAGAAAACUUGUUGCUUGUUAAACACUGGGGUGUUUAUGUCCAGUAGUUUCCCCCCGUUGGUGGCGUAAAUGCGAUUCAAAACCCUGGCUUCCAUUUUCCCCCGAACUUCGAAUUCUUCCACCACUCCCAUGGUUAAAGAAAGCGAGACAAUGGAGUUGGAAGACCGCGACCCGAAUAACCUAAGCCGCCACUUGCAGGUGUCAUGGGAGGACGUCUUCGGCGAACCCGAAGCCAUCCGGAGCCCCGAAUGCGCGUGGGCUGUCAGCAACCAGUGUUUCCGGUUAUCUAAAAAUUUUUGCUACGUUUGUCUUUCAGUUAUUUGUGCCCCAAUCGCGGCCUUCUGUCUCGGGAUCACUUUCGCUUGUUUGUCAUUUGAGCAUAUUUGGUGUCUGACACCGUGUUUGCGAAUUUGGAAGAUUUCUUGCGCCGCAACGAGGAAUUUUGUGACGGCUUUUGCCCACGCUGUUAUCAUUCCUUGUACCAGCGCUUGCGGAUAUUACUGGUCCGAGAUUAAAGUCAAAACGGAAGCUAUUUCCGCCGAGGCUGAGGGAAAAAAAGACGUUCUAGUGGUUUAAUUAAGGUUUUUAUGCCCACUUCCAUAUUUGUACAAUUGUUUGAAAUAUAUUAAUUUGACAGUUUUCAUGCCUGAUUUAUGCCACAGGGCAUUAACUCUUGCGGUCACCUUUGCAAAUCACGCAAUAUUUUGAUCAAUACUCUAACCUGAAUUGUUAAAUUAGCAUUCGGUCAACGUUCGAUUAGUGACAAUUCGUAUUUUUUACAACUAUUAAGUAUAUACUAUUAAACUAUUAUGGCUAUUUUUUGACAAAAUUUUAAAAAAUAAUUGUG